UUCGCUAUAAUGGCUCAAAACCAAGCAUCUUCUUCUACUUCUAUUGUGUCAAAAUACCGUUACGAUGUUUUUCUUAGUUUUUGUGGAGAUGAUACCCGUUUUGGUUUCACUGGUAAUCUGUACAGUGCUUUGAGUGAAAGGGGAAUCUUGACCUUCAUCGAUGAUGAAGCUCUCAGAAAGGGAGAAGAGAUCACACCUUCUCUUCGCAAGGCAAUCCAAGAAUCCAGGAUAUCCAUCAUUGUUUUCUCCCAAAACUAUGCUUUCUCAACAUUUUGUUUGGACGAACUUCUCCAUAUCAUUGAGUGCCGAACAAAACAGAACAUGCUGAUUUUUCCAGUGUUUUAUGACGUAGAGCCAUCACAAGUGCGAAAUCAAACAGGGAGUUACCAAGAAGCAUUUGCAAAGCUUGGUGAAAGAUUCAAAGAUGACAUUCAGAAGCUUCAACAAUGGAGGCGGGCUUUGUAUGAUGCUGCUAAUUUGUCUGGUUUGCAUUUCAAAUCUGGUGAAAAGUAUGAGUCUAAUAUAGUGAAAAAGAUCAUAAAAGAGAUCUCCGAUAGUUUUAAGCGGUCUCCCUUACAUAUUGCUGAGUAUCCUGUUGGUUUGAAAGAUCGGAUGCAACAGAUACAAGAACUCAUGGGUGGUGAGUUUGAUAAGAAAGUGACCAUGCUUGGGAUUCAUGGAAUGGGAGGAAUAGGAAAAUCAACUCUUGCACGUGCGAUGUACAACUUGAUGGAAGAUCAAUUUGAAGCUUCGCAAUUUCUUGCUAAUGUCAGGGAAAAAGGUCUGGUGCAUAUCCAAGAGACAAUGCUGUCUGAGUUGGUGGGGGAAAGAAAUAUCAAGUUAGGAGAUGUGCAUCGAGGAAUUCCAAUACUACAACACAGACUUUGUGGGAAAAAAGUCCUCCUUGUGCUUGAUGAUAUUAGCAAAAAAGAACAAUUGCAAGCAACUGUUGGAGGACUUGAUUGGUUUGGCCCUGGUAGCAUCGUCAUCAUAACAACAAGGGAUAAGCAUUUGUUAGAUGUUCAUGGAGUUCAAAAACAGUACAUGGUUGGUGAAAUUAACCAUAUGGAAGCCCUUGAAUUGUAUAAGUGGAAUGCUUUCAAGAACAAAGAAGUUGAUCCAUGUUACAAGGAAGUCAUAAAGCGUGCAGUGUGGUAUGCCGAUGGCCUUCCAUUGGCUUUGGAAACGAUAGGCUCGCACUUUGAAAAGUAUGAGUCUAAUAUAGUGAAAAAGAUCAUAAAAGAGAUCUCCGAUAAUUUUAAGCGGUCUCCCUUACAUAUUGCUGAGUAUCCUGUUGGUUUGAAAGAUCGGAUGCAACAGAUACAAGAACUCAUGGGUGGUGAGUUUGAUAAGAAAGUGACCAUGCUUGGGAUUCAUGGAAUGGGAGGAAUAGGAAAAUCAACUCUUGCACGUGCGAUGUACAACUUGAUGGAAGAUCAAUUUGAAGCUUCGCAAUUUCUUGCUAAUGUCAGGGAAAAAGGUCUGGUGCAUAUCCAAGAGACAAUGCUGUCUGAGUUGGUGGGGGAAAGAAAUAUCAAGUUAGGAGAUGUGCAUCGAGGAAUUCCAAUACUACAACACAGACUUUGUGGGAAAAAAGUCCUCCUUGUGCUUGAUGAUAUUAGCAAAAAAGAACAAUUGCAAGCAACUGAUGGAGGACUUGAUUGGUUUGGCCCUGGUAGCAUCGUCAUAAUAACAACAAGGGAUAAGCAUUUGUUAGAUGUUCAUGGAGUUCAAAAACAGUACAUGGUUGGUGAAAUUAACCAUAUGGAAGCCCUUAAAUUGUAUAAGUGGAAUGCUUUCAAGAACAAAGAAGUUGAUCCAUGUUACAAGGAAGUCAUAAAGCGUGCAGUGUGGUAUGCCGAUGGCCUUCCAUUGGCUUUGGAAACGAUAGGCUCGCACUUGUUUGGCAAAACCUUGGAUGAAUGGGAAUCUGCAUUAGAAACUUAUGAGAGAAUUCCAAAUAGAGGUGUUCAGGAUGUUCUUAAAGUUAGCUAUGAUAGUUUGGAGGUUUCUCACCAAGAAAUGUUUCUUGACAUAGCUUGCUUCUUUAGAGGACGGUCUCGUGGAUACGUUACAAAUACGCUUGAGGCAAGAGGUGGUGUUCCUCCACAUUUUGGUCUGAAAGUGCUGGAAGAAAGAUCUCUCAUUAAAAUUCGGAAAUGUCCACAUGAUGCUGUGGAAAUGCAUGACAUGAUUCGGUGUAUGGGAAAAGAAAUAGCUAGACAACAAUCAACUCUGCGUCGCAAUGGUCCUAGGUUGUGGAUUUACGAGGACAUUGUUUGCGUGUUGGAGAAAAACAAGGAAAAUUAUAAAAUUGAAGCGAUGAUGUUGGAGAUGCCAGAACACCAAGAAGAAAUGCAAUGCAAUUUAGAGUUUGGAAAAAUACAAAGCUUACGGAUGCUUCUUGUAGAAAAGAAUGUUGGCUUUCUUAGAAUCCCUGCUACUCUGCCAAACAGUUUGAGAGUGCUGGAAUGGCGUGGAUAUCCUGAACCUUCUUUACCGAGCAAUUUUCAUUUCAAGAAUCUUGUCAUACUCAACUUGUCACACAGUUACUUUAGAUGGGACAAACCACUACAGAAUUCAAAGGUUUUGAGACACUUGAUUCUCAGAGGUUGUAAGAAUAUUAGACGAAUACCUGACAUCUCUGGUUUCCCCAAUUUGACAAUACUUAGUGUUGCUGAAUGCACAAAUCUGUCUGAGAUUGAUGAUUCAGUUGGAUCUUUACUUCAUCUUAAAGUGUUUUGUGCUGGAGGAUGUACCAAGCUCAAAAUUGGUCCAAGUCGCAUAGAGUUGAAAUCUUUGGAGCAUCUGUGCUUUGGGGGCUGCAGCAGUCUUGUUAUGUUUCCAGAAGUAUUGGCACCAAUGCACAAACUAAAACAAGUUUACUUGGGAGGAACUGGCAUAAGAAAUCUGCCACUGUCAAUGCAAGAUCUUAGGGGUAUUGAAGUAUUUUCCCUGGGGAAAGGCCAAAUGCUUGAAAUUAAUGAAUCGUCCAAUUUCUUUCAAAACCUGCCAAUGUUCUUUCCUAAUUUAAAAACAUUAUAUUUACAAAACUUAGACAUUACAAUCCUUCCUGCCAGCAUUGAAGAAUGUCACUCUUUGAAAUAUCUGCACGUCACCAACUGCAAGAAGCUUCAAGAAAUUAGAGGACUUCCAUUGAAUAUUUAUCAGUUCUACGCAGCAAACUGUUCUGUUGAAGUCAACUCUUUAAUAUUAAAACUCAGGCAGGCCAUUGAUUCUGCUGCAAUGAGAAUCUGUUUACUUCCCGGUCGGGAAAUCCCAGAAUUGUUUGACCACUCUAGCGGGGGAAAUUCUGUAAGAUUUUGGUUUCGUAAAGAAUUGCCCUCUCUCGCUGUGUGUACUAUUAUUGGAGCCUCCAAUAAUGUCAAGCCUCCUUUCGCUGCCAGGAUUGAUUACUAUGUUAGAGUAAAAAAUAAUUUUGAGUGUGUUCGUUAUAUCGUUUUUAUUAAUAUAGAAUGGAUAACUGAGGAUAGUCACAUAAUUAUAGUCAAUAUUCAAAAUGAUUUUCACCGUCAAUUGAAUUCGGAUGUUCAGAAAGCGCUUCUGACGAAUAAGUGGAUUCCUGGAAUAAUAAGGUUGACGAUAAAUCCAGAAAGUGAUUCAAGUAAGUUGGGAGAAAUCAGAACGACAGGAGUUUAUGUACAUCGAAAAUUGAGUAGAAUGGAGGAUGUUCGGUUCUCAAAUCCUCGUAGAAGAUAGAUCCUUGUGAUCUAGUACUAUGGAACAUAAACUUGUGUUGCUUGGUGAGGCACCUCUUUAUUCGACCCUACAACCCCAUUAGAAUCUGUUAUUGGUGAACAACCUUUGAAUUAUGAGUACAACAAUUCAGAUUCAAAAGAAUCGGCAUCCAGUGUUGACUACAAUAACCAAGAAGGAGUACUUGUAGAUGAUCAACUAAUAGUAGCUCCAAGUUCUGCAGAGACGCAAAAUGCCGAGGCCAAAAGAAAAAUGGCACCACUGAUAUCAGAACUUUCAAGUGAGUUCAAUGCUCGUGUAAGUAAGAAAAUUGAGUCCACAUCAUCCCAGUCACGUAAAGUUUAUGAAGUAGAAGAUGUUUCGAAACUCAGAAUCAGUUCAGAAAUAUAUAGUCUUGGAAAUUCAGACACACCAAAGGCUGACCAGGAUUAAGAAAAUGAAAGAAGAAUUAGGAGAGAAACUCGGUGCUAUUAAAGCCGACAUCUCUGCCAUUGAAGCUAACAACUCUUCCAUUAAAGCUAACAUCUCAGACAUUAAAGUAUAUUUCUGCAGACUGAUCAGAGGUACAACAAUUGAAAUAGAAUUUCUACGCAGCUAGCAUGUGAUGGAUCAAAAUAAUAUUAUUUCCAAUUUUUCAGAAUCUAAAAUUUGAAGGUUUAAUGGGAGUUUUGGAUGCAUCUAAGUAUAAUAAAGAUGUUAUUUUGACAAUGGAAUAUCGAAACGCUUAUGGUA